AUGACAAAUGGCGGCCAGAAACACAAGUCGUCUGCGGCAUUCCACUUCGCAGCCGGCCUGGGCUCCGGUGUGACUAGCGCAUUCCUUCUCCAACCUGCCGACCUUCUCAAAACCCGCGUCCAACAAUCCUCCAGCGCAUCACUCUCAGUCGCCCUCAAGACCAUUCUCGCAGGACCCUCUCCCAUUCAAUCGCUAUGGCGAGGCACUACACCCUCAGUCAUCCGCACAGGCGCAGGCUCAGCUCUGUACUUCGGCAUGCUAAACCAAUUGCGACGGGCCACUUCAACCACAACGUUAGGAGCUGACGGCACGUCAAAAACGAAACUCAGUAAUUCCGCAAACUUGGCUACAGGAGCUGCGGCAAGAGCAUUGGCUGGCUUCAUCAUGAGUCCAGUCACUGUCUUGAAGGUGAGGUAUGAAAGCAGCUUAUACGCCUAUACCUCACUAGCCUCGGCCGCAAAGGAUAUCUUCAAGACAAAUGGAGCAAAAGGAUUUUUCGCAGGAUUUGGCGCGACGGCUAUAAGAGAUGCACCAUACGCUGGCUUAUACGUCCUUUUCUACGAGCAAAGCAAGGCUUCAUUAUUCGGGCAUCUGGACAUCGCUGCACCGCUAGCGAAUUUUGGAUCUGGAGUCCUGGCUGCGGCAGCAGCGACAGCGGUCACGAAUCCCUUCGAUGCCGUCAAGACGCGAUUACAAUUACAACCUGAGAAAUACAGGAAUGCGAUCAGUGCUGCGAAGAAGAUGAUUGGUGAAGAGGGGGCUAUGUGUCUCUUUGACGGUUUGGGCAUCAGGAUGGCGAGAAAAGCCAUUAGUUCUGCAUUGGCGUGGACGGUUUAUGAAGAGUUGAUUCGCAGGGCAGAGGAUAAAAUCGUCACAUAG